CGACUGAGCGUGAGGUUGGAGGAGGUGGUGGGGGUGGCUGCCUGGCUGUGUUGUUGGUGGGUUUUUUUUUUGAAUAAAUCUAACCAUUUUAAUUUACUAUAUUUAGGAAAUAAUAAGGUUAUAAAGUGGUACAAAAUUCUUAAUUAGGGUCAUUUUGUGUAAUUCAAUUUUAAAAGAGUCACCAUUUUCGUGUAGUAAAAACUGGGGUCAUCACCGGUUUUGACUUUCACAAAAAGAUUUUACAGUAAAAAAAAAAAAAAAAAAAAAAAAAGUGUAUUGCUAAAACCCAUUCGUUAACCCCUGGCUCUCACACUUCCCGGCACUAAGAAACCUCAUUCUCACCAUUAACCACCAUCAAUGGCGGCCGCAGCCCUAGAACACUUCCUCUCUCAGACUCGCCGAAUCCCUCGUUCCCAAAUCUCCUCCCUCUUCCUCCACCACCGCCGCCAUUUCUGCUCCAACAACUCUCCACAACCUCCGCCAAUUCAACCAGUCUCCUACGCACCAAAACCUAAACCCGCCGCCGACCUAAAACCGCCGGAAAACGCUUUACCACCUCCGUCGGAAGAUGCAUUUUCGGCGAGGGAUUUGACGCGAGAAGAUUUUCGCUAUUUGAAGGAUUCGCCGAUGACAAUAACACCGGUUUCGUAUUCCAAGAGGGUUGCGCCGCUUCCGGAGGAUCGUGUCGCAGUGGAGGAGGAGAGAGUGGAGCUGCAGACGGAGUCGAAAACGAUCGAAGCGAAUAAUCGAGCUGUUCGGAGAGUUUUUAGGGUUGUUGAGGAAGAGAAGGAGGUUCCUUUUCCUACUUUGAUUAAGGUGGAGAAGAGGGAUGGUGAGAGAAAGGUUUUUGAUCUUCAGGAAGCUAUUCGCCAAGUCAAGGCUAAUGCUAAGAGAAAUUUUGAUGAAACUCUGGAAGCACAUGUAAAUUUGGGCAUUGAUCGACGCCGAAGUGAUUUGGGUGUUAGUGGAGCUGUCGUGCUGCCUCAUGGCACUGGCAAGAUUGUCAAAGUUGCUGUUUUUGCUGAUGGAGCUGCAGCUGAGGAAGCAAGAGCUGCAGGAGCUGACAUUGUUGGAGCGGAUGAGCUUAUUGAAGAAAUAAGAACUAGUGGCAAGAUCAAUUUUGACAAAUGUAUAGCCACCCAUUCAAUGAUGCAGCGUGUGACGAAAAUAGGUAGAAUUCUUCGUGGCCUAACACCAAAUGCCAAGAAAGGUACUGUGACCAACAAUGUUGCUGCGGCAGUACAAGAGGCAAAGCAGGGAUUGCUUGAUUUCAGAAUGAAGGAUGCUAUUGUUCAUGUGGGGUUGGGGAAGGUGAGUUUUCCAGAGGAAGCUUUGCAAGCGAAUGUUGGUGCAUUUGUGAAUGCUCUUUUGCUUGCAAAGCCUGCAGGGUUAAAGAAGACUUCAAAAUAUGCUGGCUAUGUGAACUCUUUCCAUCUAUGUAGCACGAUGGGUCCAGGAUUUCCUAUAUCAAUACAGUCGUUAUCCAAAGCCGCUGAUCAGUAUGUCAAAUUGCGUCCACAAUGAUAAUGCACUAAUCUUUAGAAGCCACAACCUGUUGCACUAUUUGGUAUGAUGACUCUUUUUCUGUAGAGGUAUCAGAUGCAGGAGAAGCUGGUCUAUUCAAGAUGGGCGUGUAUCUUUGUCCUGAUAGUAAGAGAUUAGGCUCGAGUGAAAUUGAUUUUCGUAUCAUAUGUCAGAGUAGUGAUAGCCCGACUGGUUCUACAUCCCUACAAAGUUGCUAAAGUUUGAACUGUGUUUACUCAGUUCACACCCCUUUUGGUUUUUGGUUACAAAUUUCAUUACCGAGUUUUUAUCCAGAACUGGUUAAAGAGCAAAGAGCUCAAUGUUGACUUGCAGUUAUAAACAGGAAUGUAAUAAGUUCAUUUUGUUGGGUCAACUCAGAAUAUACUAGUAUAUUUUUUCACAGAAAGACUCGAUAGAGUUGAGCUGUCCAAUGUCAAGCCUAUUUAAAAAAAAAUUAUUGAAAUAUUUGUUUUUUAUUUGGUAGGCAAGGCAGUGAGGUUGUUACUGGCUACACUAUGCUUCAGUGGAAAUUGAAUUUGGUGGUCUGUUAAAUUAAUCCAAGUUCUUUACCUCCAAUAAUAUCUCCAUCAUGUUUUGUAUUA